CUUUUCUUCUUCACUAAGGUCUGCUUUUUUAAUAAUCCUUGACGAAAAGAAAACAGACAAAAAAGAGAUUGCGACAGGGGAAUCCGCGAAGAAGGCUCUGUGGUUCUAUUUCUAUGGAUGUAGAAACCACGCGAGUUAUUGUGUUCUGGAUAUUCUAGUGGGACGGUGGAAGACAGAGAUGGCCAACGGCGACGUCAAUGGCGUUUCCCAUGACCUCAUCGCGCUCCUCUCCGCCGACCAGAGGGACUUUGUGGUGCGCAACACCGGCGAUCAGGUUAAAAUCAAUUGCUUGGUUGGGAAGAUCGUGGGGUUGUAUUUCUCCGGAUCAUGGUGUGGCCCAUGUCGAAAUUUCACCCCAAUUUUGGCUGAAGUCUACGAAGAGCUGUCUGCAAAAGGCAAUUUCGAAGUAGUUUUCAUUUCAUCUGAUAGAGAUGAUGAAUCGUUCAAUGGAUAUUUCUCCAAAAUGCCAUGGCUUGCUAUUCCUUAUUCGGAUUCAGAUACCCGAAAACGCCUGAAGGAAUUGUUCAAAGUGAGGGGAAUCCCUCAUCUUGUGAUUCUUGAUGAGAGUGGACAUGUUUCAACUGCUCAGGGAGUUGGAAUCAUCAGGGACUAUGGAGUUGAGGGUUUUCCAUUUACCCCAGAAAGCAUUGAUCUCUUGAGAGAGCAGGAAGAGGCAGCUAAGAAGGAACAAUCCUUGAGCUCUAUCUUGGUUUCUAGGUCACGCGAUUUCGUGAUUUCGAAUGAUGGAAAGAAGAUUCCGGUUUCGGAGCUUGAAGGGAAAAUGGUUGGGUUGUAUUUUUCUGUGCAUGCUCAUGGGAUGUGCCUCGAAUUCACUUCAAAGCUUGUGGAGGUUUAUAAUAAACUCAAGGAGAGAGGCGAGAACUUAGAGAUUGUCUUAAUAUCUCUGGACCAUGAAGAGGAACAUUUUAAGGAAGGGUUUGAAACCAUGCCGUGGGUGGCAUUGCCUUUUAAGGACAAAAGUUGUGACAAGCUCAUACGAUAUUUCGAACUUAGAACUCUUCCUACACUAGUUGUAAUUGGGCCAGAUGGGAAAACUCUAAAUCCCAAUGUGGCUGAACUCAUUGAAGAUCAUGGUAUUGAAGCUUACCCUUUUACACCAGAGAAGCUUGCUGAGCUUGCUGAGAUCGAGAAAGCAAAACUGGAAGCACAGACACUCGAGUCAAUUUUGGUCUCUGGGGAACUUGAUUUUGUGAUUAAGGGUGGUUCCAAGGUCCCUGUGUCUGAACUUGUUGGGAAGAACAUUCUCCUUUAUUUCUCAGCUCACUGGUGCCCUCCAUGCCGUGCAUUUCUGCCUAAACUUGUUAAAGCCUACCAGGAUAUCAAGGCAAAGAAUGAGGCAUUUGAAGUAAUUUUUAUCUCAAGUGACCAUGAUCAAUCCUCUUUUGAUGAAUUCUUUUCGACCAUGCCUUGGUUAGCUCUCCCAUUUGGUGAUGUGAGAGGGCCAUCCCUGCAACGCAGAUUCAAAAUCGGAGGCAUUCCUGCAGCUAUAGCCAUUGGGGCUAGUGGCCGUACAGUCACUAAGGAAGCCCGAAAUCUCUUAAUGACUUAUGGGGCAGAUGCUUAUCCAUUCACUGAGGAGCGUUUGAGGUAUCUGGAGGAGCAGGUUGAGGAAAUGGCAAAGGGGUGGCCUGAGAAAGUGAAACAUGAGCUUCAUGCUCAGCAUGAGCUAACUCGAGUUCGUCGUAUGAAUUAUGGGUGUGACGGAUGUCAUGAAAUGGGAAAUGGUUGGUCUUUCUACUGCAAGGAGUGUGACUUCGAUCUCCACCCAAAAUGUGCCCUGAAGACCGAUAAGUCAUCACAAGAUGAUCAUGGGCCUGGAAAGGGAAAGGAAGGAUUGACCUGUGAUGGAGAUGUGUGCCGUAGAGCUUGAGAUGGUAUCUUGCUCUUAUGUCCUGAAUGCUAUGUGUGAUUUGCUUCUGAUUAUCUAAAUAAGAGUUUUUGUGAAGGAAACAUGAAUGCAUGUAGGAAGUCCAUGUAAUGUUAUGAAAAUCUCCCAGUGGAAGUGUUUGUCCAGUGAACUGUGAACUGUGUGAACUGAUGAAGUAUGCUACUAUCAAGUAAAAGUUCUAUGGAACUUGAAUUUUUAUGUUCUGCA